AUGUUCAUCAAACUAUCAAACCACAGCCUGAUAAGGCAGAAAAACUGGCUGUCAAAAAACAGUCAGAUCAACAGCUUAAAAUGUCUCUUUGAUCAUGCAAAAUGCUCUCGCGCAGCACUUUAUUAUUUGCUUGUGUUACAGAAAGCAAUAGACCUUGCUAGCAAGGCGGCACAAGAAGAUAAAGCAGGAAACUAUGAGGAAGCCUUCCACUUGUACCAACACGCUGUGCAGUAUUUUCUCCAUGUUGUUAAAUACGAAGCACAGGGUGAUAAAGCAAAACAGAGCAUUAGAACGAAAUGUACAGAAUACUUGGACAGAGCAGAAAAGCUGAAAGAAUAUCUGAAAAAGAGAGAAAAAACUGCACCAAAACCAGUUAAAGAGUCUGGUCCUACUGAUGGAAAAGGGAAUGACAGUGAUGGGGAAGGGGAGUCAGAGGAUCCUGAAAAAAAGAAGCUACAGAAUCAACUUCAGGGAGCAAUUGUUAUGGAGCGACCAAACGUCAAAUGGAGUGAUGUUGCUGGCCUCGAAGGUGCUAAAGAAGCACUUAAAGAAGCAGUGAUCUUGCCCAUUAAAUUUCCGCACCUGUUUACAGGAAAGAGAACACCCUGGAGAGGGAUUCUCCUCUUUGGACCACCAGGAACAGGAAAGUCUUAUUUAGCAAAAGCUGUGGCAACAGAAGCAAACAACUCUACCUUCUUCUCAGUAUCUUCCUCUGACCUUGUCUCAAAGUGGUUAGGUGAAAGUGAAAAAUUAGUGAAAAACUUGUUCCAGCUUGCCAGAGAAAACAAACCUUCUAUUAUCUUCAUUGAUGAGAUAGAUUCUCUCUGUGGGUCAAGAAGUGAAAAUGAAAGUGAGGCUGCUAGACGAAUAAAAACAGAAUUUCUAGUCCAGAUGCAAGGGGUUGGUGUUGACAACGAAGGAAUCUUGGUCUUAGGAGCGACAAACAUACCCUGGGUUUUGGAUUCUGCUAUCAGGAGACGGUUUGAGAAGCGUAUUUAUAUUCCUUUACCUGAAGACCAUGCCAGGGCUGCAAUGUUCAAACUUCACCUUGGGUCAACUCCAAAUCUCCUAACGGAAUCAGAUUAUCGAGAGCUUGGAAAGAGAACUGAUGGCUAUUCUGGUGCAGAUAUAAGCAUCAUUGUACGUGAUGCACUGAUGCAGCCUGUUAGAAAAGUGCAAUCAGCUACUCACUUUAAAAAAGUAAAAGGACCAUCAGUGACUAAUCCAAAUACAAUGGUAGAUUUGUUCACCCCUUGCUCUCCAGGUGAUCCUGAAGCCAUAGAAAUGACAUGGAUGGAGGUUCCAGGCGAUAAAUUACUGGAGCCUCAAGUUUCCAUGGUCGAUAUGCUCAGGUCACUAGCUAGCACAAAACCAACAGUUAAUGAACAGGACCUGGAGAAGUUGAAGAAGUUUACAGAAGACUUUGGUCAGGAAGGCUAAACCAAAGAUACACGUGGAGCAUUAGAACUUUUUUUGCUUAAGUAUUCUUGUGUCUUUAUGGAUGGCACUUCAAAUAAAUGCCAAUAAAAUCACUCCUUUCUUACUUUGCAGAAGGAAUAGAAGAUACCUUUGCAAAGACCCUUAAGCUUUUGUAUUGUAUUGUUUUCCUCAGAUGUCUAUUAAAUGUCUUCUAUUGAAAAAUAAUAUGAAAAUACAAUUUUAGGGUGAGACAGCAAAGUGAUGUGGUAAAGUCUAUUAAAUACUAGAAUACUUUAAAUGAUUAGUUCAAUUUUAGGUUUUAUAUUAGACCUGGGUACAAGUGAGUUUUAAACUCCCAGUAGGCUCAAAAAAACCCUUUUUUGAGGGGUGGAAGAAAAC